AUGAGAUUUUGGAUUAGGUUGAUCUGGCAGUUUUUAAUAUUUAAAUUUGUGAUAUCCGAGGGACGGAACUUUCGAGUUAUCUUUGAUAACAUCAGCAUUAGCAAUGUUGAUCCGGAAGUCUUUGAGAAGUUUGAUUGCCAACUUUACCAGAUCAACAAUCGGAGUUUCGUGGAUACGAGUCACAUUUUUAAGGAGACGGUAACAGACUUAAAGGUGCAUGCCGCCCUUGAUUUCUGGAAGGCCAAGAGUCCCAAAAUGACACUCUAUGAUCUUGAGUUCGACGGAUGCCAUUUUUUACAAAAUGUUCAUAAGAACCGAUUGUUCAACAUUUAUGCGAAAACUCUAAAAAAAUAUUCCAACAUCAGCUUCAAGUGUCCGUUUCAAGCUAACGUUCUCUACGCAGUAAGGAAUAUGACCAUGAACGAACAGGACUUCCCAUCGUUUGUACCCCUUGGAAAAUUUCGGUCUCUUAUCGAAUACUCAGUGAAUCAGAAAUUGAGUUCCAGAGUCUUUGUAAACGGAAAAAUUAUCUCGUAUUCAACGGAUCCUUUUAAGAUUUCAAAGUAG